UUGGACAAUGAUGACGUUUCUGACAAGUAGAAUAUAAAAAGUAAUUUUCUUUCAGCGAUUGGGCCAAUAAAGAAACAAGAAAAAUAUAUAUUUUCCGAUUUGCAAAUAUUAGAAAAAGUACCGCAUAUUAAAGCGAAUAAUUUGUUUUGGGGACGCCAGUUGCAUGGUGAGAGUGCUGUGAGAAAAAAGUGAAGGAUUUCGCAAAUCUAUGUAUCAACAUACACGUUUUGCUACGUAGUCCCGAAUCAUCCGAAAACAUAAAAAAGGUGUUGGUGCAUUGUAUUUGUCGGCAGUUUCUGUUACCACUCUCAUCAUAUUCAUCAUCAUCAAAGUGAAGAAAUAUCAUAGAAUUAAUUGAUUUGAGGACAUAUUAACUGUCUACCCCUAACGGCGGGGAUAAAGAAUUUUGUUUCGUGUGUUGCAAGCAAGCGGGCAGUUGUAGUUUUCAAUAGUUUGGAUAUAUUAUUUGUUGGAGAUAUAUUGCCGAGCCUACAAAUGGCCUGGCUGAAUACUCUUCAAAUGGCUAUAAGCAUCAAAUAUAAACUCGGUCUGCUGUUAUUGCUGCAACUUGUCGCCGUCAGUCAACAGUUCUAUUUGCCGGGUUUGGCUCCCGUGAAUUAUUGCAUGAAAUCUGAUGCGUCUAGCAAUUGUAAGUCGAAUGUGACCCUAUAUGUUAAUCGCUUAAACACGGAAGAAUCUGUCAUACCCUAUGAAUACCAUCAUUUUGACUUCUGUAUUGGCAAUGAGAAUAACUCACCUGUCGAGAAUUUGGGUCAAGUUGUGUUUGGAGAACGCAUACGCCCUGGACCAUAUAAGAUCAAUUUUCUCGAAGACAUCAAAUGCAAGGCGGUCUGUAUUAAAAACUACGUGGGUGGCGAAUCGGAUAGUGAUCGUCGUAUGAUGGUCCUGAAGAAAGGCAUCAGUCUGAAUUAUCAACACCAUUGGAUUGUCGAUAAUAUGCCCGUGACAUGGUGUUAUCCAUUGGAAAAUAACAAACAAUAUUGCAGUACCGGUUUUCCCAUGGGCUGUUUGGUGCGUGGCGAUAGCGAUGCCGGUUGCUUGAUUAAUCCCAAUUAUAAUAGACGUGGCUAUUACUAUCCCUUCAAUCAUGUUGACCUGAAAAUCACCUAUCACAGCGGCCAAACCGAGGAAUGGGGUGUUGGUUUCCGUGCCAACGGUGGCCGCAUUAUUUCCGUUAAAGUAACACCACGUUCCAUUAAUCAUGUGGAUGCUAAAAAUUUGAAUUGUGACAACACCGAUCCAUUGGCUAUUAAGGGCAGUGCUUUAACUGCCGGUGAAAAACUGUCCAUCAUCUAUUCAUACAGUGUGGAGUUUACGCGCAACGACAAUGUCAAAUGGUCUUCGAGAUGGGAUUACAUUUUGGAAUCUAUGCCUCAUACAAACAUUCAAUGGUUCUCGAUAUUGAAUUCCUUGGUGAUUGUAUUGUUCCUCUCUGGCAUGGUUGCCAUGAUUAUGUUGCGUACUUUGCACAAGGAUAUUGCUCGCUACAAUCAAAUGGAAAGUGGUGAGGAUGCCCAAGAGGAGUUUGGCUGGAAAUUAGUGCAUGGUGAUGUUUUUCGUCCACCACGAAAAGGCAUGUUGUUAUCGGUAUUCUUGGGCUCUGGCGUUCAAGUGUUUUGCAUGACUCUCAUUACCUUGGCAUUUGCUUGCUUGGGCUUUUUGUCGCCGGCAAAUCGUGGCGCUUUGAUGACCUGUUCCAUGGUCUUGUUUGUGGCUUUGGGUACUCCAGCUGGCUAUGUUUCGGCGCGUAUUUACAAAAGUUUUGGUGGCAUCAAAUGGAAGAGUAAUGUGAUCUUAACUUCCAUACUGUGUCCAGGCAUUGUCUUUGGCCUUUUCUUUGUGAUGAAUCUUGUAUUGUGGGGAGAAGGCUCCUCCGGUGCUGUACCUUUUAGCACAUUGAUUGCUUUGUUGGCUCUAUGGUUUGGUGUUUCGGUACCCUUGACAUUUGUUGGGGCUUACUUUGGAUUCCGCAAGAGGUCUUUGGAACACCCAGUGCGCACCAAUCAAAUUCCUCGCCAAAUUCCCGACCAGUCGAUUUAUACUCAACCCAUUCCGGGCAUUAUUAUGGGUGGCGUUUUGCCCUUCGGCUGUAUCUUCAUUCAAUUGUUCUUCAUACUCUCAUCGAUUUGGUCCAAUCAAAUGUAUUACAUGUUUGGUUUCCUCUUUUUGGUCUUUGUCAUUUUGGUCAUAACCUGCUCGGAGACCACAAUUUUGUUGUGCUAUUUCCAUCUGUGUGCGGAGGACUAUCACUGGUGGUGGCGUUCAUUCCUGACAUCGGGCUUUACGGCGGUCUAUCUCUUCAUCUACUGUUGCCAUUAUUUUGUCACAAAGCUGUCGAUAAAGGAUGCUCCAUCGACUUUCUUGUAUUUCGGUUAUACAGCCAUUAUGGUGUUUUUGUUCUUCUUGUUGACCGGCUCCAUUGGUUUCUUUGCCUGCUUCUGGUUUAUACGCAAAAUUUACAGUGUGGUCAAAGUAGAUUAGAGAAUAAACAAAAACACACAUUUAGAAUGGCUUUAUUUUACUAUGUGUAGCUUUUAAGCUAUUUUAUAAUAUUGUGUUGUGUGAAUCCUCGAAAAUGUUUCCAAGGCUUCUUAAAUGAGGAAACUAUGGUAGGAAUCUCCACACACACACACACACACACACACAAACCCAAACCCAUACAUACAUACAAGUAUAUAUUUAAGUUGUGAUUUUUUCUACAAUAGAGUUACCGCAAAGGUAUGCGUGUGUGUUCGGUUAGAGGCCAGUUGUCUAAUAAUUCACCUCCCCCGUAGCUAUUCAACACCACACCACACCACACACAUAUCUCAUGAACGAACGAACGCGCAAUAAACUACCAGUAAAUCAAUGUAUUAAAUUGUUCAGGACCUUUGAAUUUUGAUGAAAAAAAAAAAAACAAAAUAAA